AUGGUCGCUACGGUGAAAACAGUCAACGGCCUUUCCAGCCUCGCUUCAGGCAUAGGACGUGUUUCUAAGAGGCUUAUUGCUUCUUAUGUACUUGACUGGAUUCUUAUACUGGGAACAGCUGCAGUAGGCGGCGCCUUUUCCAAGAUCCACGGAAACAAACACCCCUUCUCGCUUCAAGAUCCAGAUAUCUCCUAUCCUUACCAUGAGGAUACUGUCACAGUUCCAGUCCUCAUCGUCGUCGCCAUCAUCGCACCCGGCGUCAUCACUGCCGCCAUCUCCUUGCUUUUCAUCCCCGGACCGACCGCCCAUCGAUCAACCCCCAAGGCGUUGCUCUGGCGCCGAAAGCUCUGGGAGUGGAAUGCAGCAUGGAUGGGCCUUGGUGUUGCCCUUGCAGGAGCAUUCGUCAUCACCGAAGGCCUGAAAGAUUUGGCUGGGAAACCCCGGCCGUUUUUGCUUGCCGUGUGCGAUCCAGACUUGAGUCCUGAGGCCAUCCGCAGACACCGUGUGGGUGGACUGGGGACCUCGAUAGAUUCGGCCACGCCGAUCCUGGUCGACUGGCAUAUCUGUCGCACCACCGACCAGAGCAAAUUGCGGAAUGCCUUUGCGAGUUGGCCGUCGGGGCAUUCGAGCUUCAGCUGGGCGGGCAUGCUCUAUCUCACAUUUUUCAUAUGCGCCAAAUUCGCUGUUCAAAUCCCUUUCUUGUCACCCAGUUCCGAAAGUGCGCGACAGAUGUCGGCAUUUGAUGAAGAGGAGGAACUAGGCAAAGACUCUAUAACUACCUCCUCUUCCCACCAGCGGGCUCUUCCUCCUCGCAACCAAGCAGCAGCGCCCCCCAUAUAUCUGCUCAUCAUUGCAUUCAUUCCCAUCGCCGUUGCCAUGUUCAUCUCGGUGUCGCGGUAUUUCGACAAUCGUCACGCAGGGUUCGACAUCAUUUCGGGUUCCUUGCUCGGUAUUUUCACCGCGUGGUUGGGGUUUCGGUGGUAUCAUCUGCCAAUUCAGGGAGGAAGUGGAUGGGCUUGGGGAGCGAGAAGUCGUGAUCGAGCAUUCUGGUUGGGCGUAGGGCGCGCGGGCUACGUAGGCGAUGAAGGCUGGGAGGCUGCGAAGCUGACUGCGCACAACCGAGGUCUGGAAGCUGGUCAACAGGUCACAACGGGUGGGUUGCCUGAUCAGCAGGAUGCGACGGAAACCGUUGUGGCAAACAGAGUUUAG